CCCUCGUACAGCUGCUCACACUUCAACAAGCACCUGACAGUAAAGCAGAAUCCUUUUCACCAAAGACUCACCUGAGGGACUCAGUUUGUUGGACACUGUGGACUCGCUUUUUGGAUUUUGUUCUGUCACCACACACGAGAGCGAACAUGUCGAUGGGUUUGGAGAUCGUGGGCAUUGCCUUUGGAGUCAUUGGUUUUCUUAUAGCCAUAUUAUCAUGUGCCCUACCAAUGUGGAGGGUGACUGCCUUCAUCGGUGCUAACAUCGUCACUGCUCAGAUCAUCCAGGAGGGUUUGUGGAUGAGCUGUGUUGUCCAGAGCACAGGUCAGAUGCAGUGCAAGGUCUACGACUCGCUGCUGGCCUUGUCUCAGGAACUGCAGGCAUCCAGAGCAAUGAUGGUUGUUGCCAUUAUACUCGGAGUGCUGGGCGUCAUGAUCUCCAUAGUCGGCGCCAAGUGCACCAACUGCAUUGAAGAGGAAGGAAGCAAAGCCAAAGUGAUGAUCAUCGCUGGUGUCUUCUUCAUCCUCAGUGGCCUCUUGGUUCUCAUCCCUGUUUCUUGGACUGCCAAUGUUAUCAUCAUGAAUUUCUACAACCCUAUUCUGCUCACGUCUCAGAAGAUGGAGCUAGGGGCGUCACUCUACAUAGGCUGGGCUGCAGCCGGACUGUUUCUAAUCGGAGGGGCAAUGUUGUGCACUAGCUGCCCACCAAAAGAAAAGAAAUAUCUGCCACCCAGGAUGGGGUACUCGGCCCCACGCAGCAUUAGUGCAGGUGGAGGAUAUGACAAGAAAGACUACGUCUGAAUUAAUGCUGAAGGAUGAAAGGAAAAUUAUUUUUGUGUGUGAGUUUUUGUCUGUAUGCAUGUUACUUUUUUUUACCGGAAACCACAGCGUGAAUCCGACUGAAAGACUCCGAGAUGAAGAUGCUGUAGAAAUAUUAAUCUUCUGCUUUGCUUUUAGCUGAUAUGUUUAUUCACAUCCUUUUGUUUUGCUUAAAAAAAAGACUUAGAUUUUUCAGUGCUUGAACAUGGGAGCUUAAACAAAUAACUUUAUUCUUUUAAGAUUUUUAACUGGGAAAAUAUUUCUACUAAAUUCUUGGCAUUAUGUGAAUUUGAAAACACCUGUGUGUCGUCCUCUUAUUAGCUCUUGGCUGGUUGCGUGGUGUUGUGUUUCACUGAAACCUGCUGUUAAAAUGUGAUCUGUCAUUUCACUGACAAUGACCAGGAAGAGUCAGCUCUCAUUUUACAUGCAUUUGGUUGGUGUGAUUGUUCAGUGUGUUCGUGUGUGCGUGUGUUUUGCAUGACCUGUAAUAUUUGCUUAAGAGAGUUUCUGCUGAGACUGAAACUACAGAUAGAUCCAAUACUGCCCCAGGUGAAACUUUGUCUUCCUUUUCACAGUUUCACUGUGUGUGCAAAUAGAAAAUAGUUUUUCAUG